AUGGUUGUGCAGGUUCUUAUUCUUCAUCACGCUAUCUCCCUAUCCGACAUACUACCCUCUCUAGGACCUCUACUGGCUAUUAUUGUCAACACUACAGUUGCCGCGGAAAACCCACAUGACGAAUACGUUGAACGGGGCACGAACUCGUCGUGGGUCAUCGGUUCCUGCUUAUCAUGUCUGGCUCGCCGGAAUCCGACCGAAUGGCGUAGUCAGGUUGACAUUAAUACUUGGACAACGGAAAUUGUGAAGAAGUGGAGCUGGUCAGGAUACGCCCUCCAUGGACUUGUGUCGAUUAUUCAAGCGACACAAGGACCUGCAGAGCGAAUCUCAUCCGAGACAGUUUACGACUAUCUGCGGACAUCGCUCCUCUCGCAUUCUCGCCUGCUCAGGCUGUCGAUGCUUCAUCUGCUUAAUUCGCGCGUUUUGAACGUGGGAGCUUCUGCCGAAGUCUUGAAGAAGUGCUUACAGGCGGAGGAAGUCAGCAUUGACGUGCACGGCAUUCGCGAACGUGUCAUGAGAAUAGGACGGUUGAGUCACAUCCUCAAGGACGGCGACGAGAUCGGUGCCGAGAUUGCUGUCAGGUGGCUAAUAGCACAACUCAAGGUCAACCUACGUCCACUCUGGGUUCCUACCUCCGAAGCCCUCGCUGCGAUAGCGGAACGGUUUGGUGAUUUGACCUGGAACCUGCUGUUCGAGCAACUGAAAGCUGCAUCAUUGAACCAGCUCUCGGAGCCCUCCCCUGCCUGGAUGUCUGUGGAUGAUAGCGAUCAGGACACAAUUUUUGAGCAAGAGCGGUCCUGGAGGGAUCCUAGUGCACACAAGUUGCGGUCAAGCGUAGCCAAGCGACUUCAUGGUAAUGCUGCAAAAAUUAUCAUCGUACAGGCUCAAGUUGUAGAAGAACGUUUCGAUCAGGGAAACUACGAGCUCCAGCUCCUGAAUGCGCUCUGUGCCUGCUCCUCCCUCGCUGAGAGGCACAACAAGGAUCUGGUUCCCCACUUCCUCUCCCUUGCUCCGCCGGACGUACCUACCAAGCUUGCUCGCCAUAAGCUUAGCGCUUGGCUCACCUUAUUCUCGAAGUUUGCCAACCCGAAGGCUCUCCAUUCGACCGAAGGGUUAUACGCAAUGUACACCAUCCUCCUCUCACACCCAGAUCGCCAGCUGCAGAAACUUGCAGUGUCGUGCAUCCUCACGUACAAGUCCCCUGCCUUCAUUGCGCACCAGGACUCCCUUUAUGCGCUGCUUGAUGACACCCGAUGGCGCGACGAGCUGACACAGCUGAGCAUCGCUGAUAUCAAGGAUGUCGAACGUCCAGAGGUAAUUGAUACCAUUAUCCGAUUACUCUUCGGUGUUAUACUCGAGCGGCGCGGGCGCGGUAGAGGUGGUGAUCGCCGUGCGGCCGUCCUGGCUGCUCUCGCAGGAUGCCGCGAUGAAGAGCUAUACACUCUUGUUGAUCUUAUGCUCAAGCCCAUCAACGAAAGUCGUGAGGUCAGCGACGGUGGGGAAUACAUGACUAAGCCUUUGGCGGACGGUGUAUCAAGCAAGAAGCUUGUUGGUUUCCUAACGCUGCUGGGUGACGUCACCAAGAACCUUGGCACCCGCUUGAUCAACAGGUGGCCUAUCCUUUUGGCGACCCUCCUCGAUCUCGUGGGCUUCGCUCAAGGUCGUCUCGGUUCCACGGCUGCAGAAGACGUGCAGGAGCAAGACGAAGACGUGAGCGCAGAUGAUGACCAAGAUGUCGACCAAGAUGCCGACCAAGAAGGCCCAGGUUCUGCUCGUGCGAUUCGUGCCGUCCGGCAGGCUGGCAUCAAGCGGUUCACCGAUUUCUUCCGCCUACCUAUGACUUUCGACUUCAGCACGUAUGUCAAGGAGGCGUUCAAGACAUUCAUCUCUCCACGUCUCGAUGCUUUGGACACCGAAAAUACACAGGCGCCUUCUGCGCUUCUGGAGCUCUUCCAUGCGUGGUCCCUCAAACGGGAUACUGCCCGCUUCCUGGUUGAUUAUGACGAGCGUACCCUCCCAAAGAUCUAUGACUGUCUGAUUGCUACCAAUGUGAAACCUACCGUCGUUUCCCGGGUCCUGGACAUCGUCGAGCACCUGCUCGGUCACUCGGAGAUAGAUGAGGAUUUUCUGAACGCCAUUUUCAAGCCCCAUGUCGAACUCCUCCUGACGAACUUCGCGGUUCUCAUGGAACGCACGAAAGCGGCGGUGUCCAUGACAGAUCAUAUCGGUCGCAGGCAAAUUACCAUCUUGUCUUCGCUGGCUCCGUACAUGGCAGACUCAAGACAAGCGUCGCUCUUACUCAACGUUUUCACUCCCGUCCUCCGCAGGCCGACGAAGUUAGUCCCCGAGAAGGUCAAGGUCGAUAUGGUCAACAUCGUGAAGAGCCUUUUCCCCGUCGUUGUCGAUCUGAAAGAUUCUGCAAGUGUGACAUAUACGAGGACGUAUGCAUUGCUAUCAUUCCUCUUCCAAAAUUUACGCUCGCGGCCGGCUCGCAUCUCUCUGGUGCUGACAUUCCGCAAGUUCGCCGAGAUCGAUUCUUCUUUGUACUCCCUUGCCGAACUUUUGGACUCCCUCAAUGCAUGGUCGACGAAGCGUAUGGAGGAGCCUGACUUCGGCAGGCGAAUCGAGGCCUUCGUGGAGCUGAAUGAGAAAAGGCAUGCAACACUGACAGCGAAAGAAUGGCUUCCGAUCCUCUUCAACAUGCUCAACUUCGUUCAGGAGCCCGAGGAGCUGACAGUGAGAACCAACGCCUCGCAUGCCAUGAAGCGCUUCCUGGACCGCGUCGAAGAAAUUGGGGGCGACUACGAGGCAACAUUCAAUAAUACGCUCUACCCCGGACUCAAGAACAGUCUGCGUUCGAAGAAUGAGCUCGUCCGCGCAGAGAUUCUAGGGAUCAUCUCCUACGCGGCGAAGAAGUGCGAGCGUCUCUCCUCGUUGCGGGAGAUGCGUGUCCUGCUCGCGAACGGUGACGAGGAGGCUAACAUAUUCAACAACAUCUUGCAUGUCCAGCUUCAUAGGCGCACCAGGGCAUUGCGCCGUCUCGCAGAGUUAUGUAUUGAAGGCGCACUUCGUAGCUCGACCCUUACCGAUAUCUUUAUACCUCUUGUCGGUAACUUCAUCGUCGACGGGAGCUCUGUGGAUCACCACCUCGUGACAGAGGCCAUCAUAACAACAGGAAAGAUGGCGAGACAGCUUCAGUGGGGUGCCUACUACACACUCAUCCAACAAUACCUUCGACUCUCGCGCAACAAGGAUGUCUCAGAGCGCGUUUAUGUCCGCACUCUUGUUGCGCUCCUAGACAACUUCCACUUUCCCAUGGACGUUAUGGUCUCGAGCGAUGAGGGAGAAGAACAAGCCGUGUCAGAGGAAGGAGAGGAAGAGCUACCCGCAGAGCGAUCAGACACUGCGAAGAAGCAGGCCCAUAUCGCCGAGAUCGUCAGCUCGCGUCUUCUGCCCAACCUCAUCUCGCAUCUGGAGAAACGUGACGAGACUGAGGACAGUCUUCGAAUUCCAAUUGCGAUCGGUGUUGUUCAAGUCGCCAUGCACCUUCCCCUGGUGGCUCGAGAGACCCAGAUCUCUCGUCUUCUGACGGUCCUUAGCCAGGUGUUCCGAAGCAAGUCGCAGGACACGAGAGACCUAGCGCGCGAGACGCUGUGCAAGAUCGCGAUAAUCUUGGGGCCAUCGUACCUUCCCCUCAUCUUGCGCGAGCUCAGGACGGCUCUUCUGCGAGGACCCCACCUACACAUUCUGGCGUACGUCGCACAUGCCCUGUUGAUCCACGUCACUUCUGGAGACCACGCCACGACCUUCUCCAAUCUAGAUGAUUGCGUUAACGACAUCGCCCACGUCUCUGCAGAAGUCAUCUUCGGCGAAUCGGGCAAGGAUGUCCAGUCCAAGGAUUUCAAGACCAAAAUGCGCGAAGUACGCGGGUCUGCAUCCAAAGGCCUAGACUCAUUCGCUCUUGUCGCUAAGCAUGUCACUCCUCCGAAAAUCAGUAGCCUGCUGGUUCCCGUGCGCAACAUUCUUCAGCAGACCGAAACGCUCAAAGUCAUGCAGCAAAUCGAGGAUCUCCUGCGUAGGAUUGCGGGUGGUCUCAAUAUCAACCAGCACUUGACGUCUAAGGACCUCCUCGUCCUUUGCCACACGCUCAUUAGCCAAAACGCGAAAUUCCUCAAGCAAACGCCCAAGGCGAUUCCUGCGAAUGAAAAGACGAAGGGCGACGCGCUAACAGAAAUGAAGAAGCAUUUGACUGCGCAGGCCGACCAUUAUGCGAACAACUCGUUCAGGUUCGUCAUUUUGGGUCUCGAGUUGUUCAACACUGCCUAUCGGAGGAGCCGUUUCGAUUUCAAAGACCCUGCGGUCAUCGCUCGUCUGGAGCCCAUGCUCUCUGUCAUCGGCAACACGCUCUAUUCGAAUCACAUGCAGGUGGUCGUCUCCGGCUUAAAGGCCACCGCUGCGAUCGUCAGAUGCCCUCUGAAAUCGAUUGUCAAGUCUCUUCCUGUCUUCAUUCGCCAGAUUCUACAGGUCAUCAAGCAGACUGGAUCGACCGAGGCUGAACUUGUGCAGAUUGCGUUCAAGUCCCUGGCCGCCAUCCUUCGGGAACAAUCUGCGGCGCAAAUCAAGGAGAAGGACCUCGUCUUCCUACUUGAGCUGCUUUCGCCUGAUCUAGAAGAGCCCAGCCGUCAGGCUGCGGUGUUCAUUAUGCUGAAGGCUAUUGUCGCCCGCAAGUUCGUCGUACCCGAGAUUUACGAUCUCAUGGACCGCGUCUCGGAGAUUAUGGUUGCUGGUCAGUCGCCUUCUGUCCAGGAGCAGUGCCGUGCCAUCCUUCUUCAAUUCCUCCUGGAUUAUCCCCAAGGCAAAGGCCGUCUCCGCAACCACAUGACAUUCCUGGCGAAGAACCUGUCAUACGUGUACGAGAGCGGUCGGAAAUCGGUCAUGGAGCUCCUCAGCGCGAUUCUCGCGAAGUUCGACCCUGCCCUCAUUCGCGAGUACUCCGACCUUCUGUUCGUCGCCUUGGUCCUCGUGAUCGCCAAUGACGAGUCCUCGAAGUGCAGAGAGAUGGCUUCGGAGCUGGUGAAAAAUCUCUUUGUUCGCCUGGACGAAGUCCAGCGACGCGUCGUCAUGACACACGUCCAUACUUGGGCCUCACAGCGUGCACAGCCACAGCUUGCUAGAGUUUCUUCACAGAUCUACAGCAUUCUGAUCGAGCAUUUGCGGGGAGACGUCGCGCAGUACGCCAGAGCUAUCCUCGAAGACCUCAACUCCAUUCUCGACUCGACGUGCGAGCUGUUCGAGCAGGAAGACGACAACGCUGCCAUGGACGUUGACAUCGAAUGGCAAAUCCCCUACCAGGCGCUCAACGCGCUGUCGAAGCUCCUGCGCGUGCUCACCGAUCUUGUGCCCCAGUUGGACGAAGUCGCUUGGCCGGGUAUUGCCAAGCUGCUCUUGUUCCCUCACGCCUGGGUGCGUACGGCUGCAUGCCGUCUGCUCGGCGUCCUGUUUUCCGCUGUACCCGCUGCAUCACCCCGUGGGGACCUCAGUGACAGCUCGCCGUUGUCUCUUGCUGGCAUGGAGGAGGUCGCUCGGAAACUGUGCUUGCAGCUCCGAAGCGAGCAUCUCGACGCUGCGCUCAGCCUGCAGAUUGUCAAGAACUUGUUCUACGUUAGCAAGUGCUUCGCCAUGUAUGAGGCGACCUUGCCUGCAGAAGACGAUGGAGAGGAGGAACAGGAGAAAGAGUCUUCGACGAGACGUCCACUGUCGUGGCUCUUCUCUAAGCUAUCCUUCCAAGCCAGAUCCGCGCACAUCGCGAGGAGAAACAAAUCCUCCAGCCCGGACAACUGGUACCAUCAGCCUAUAUCUGUUCUUCGCUGGUUUGCUGCAAUGGCCUCUUUCAUGGAGCCGUCGCAAGUGGAGAAGUUCCUGGUGCAUAUCCUUUCGCCUGUCUACCGCAUCGCCGAAGACGACACUAUCCGCGAUUCGCACAUGGAUGAACUUAAGACCACUGCGGUCGAGCUUCAGGAGCUUGUGCAAAACAAGGUCGGCACAACCAAGUUCGCGGAGAUCUAUGGCCGCAUCAGGCAGAACAUCCUGGGUGUGCGUCGGGAACGCAGGACAGCGCGUGCAGUCCAGGCAGCAAAAAGUCCAGCGUUGGCGUCGAAGAAGAAAGCGCAGAGGAACGUGGCAAAGAAGGAGAGCCGGAAACGCAAAAACAGCACCUUCGCCGAGGGGCGAGGCAAGUUCAAAAGGCGCAGGGACGAGUAG